AAUCACGCAACCCCAUCUCCCCCUCACAAACGGCAAUCACGUAACCCACCGCUACACAUCAAUUACAAUGGCUGGCGGCGGACAUGGCCCAGGCGAGUCCAAGCUCCCUGGCGAGUGAGUGUUUCCAGUUCCUACACCUCGGUCUCUCAAGGCGGCGCAUUCGUAUGUUGACGAGAAAUGCGCAACUUCACAGUCUACUUCUGUAUAUGAAGAUCCGCUGACAUCUACGUAUAGUUAUCAUGCAGGCUGGGGCUCCAUGAGUAACCUGAAGCAAAAGGGCGUAACUUCGUAUGCCCUCUCUCCUAACCGACAAAGGCCUCUUGCAGGUGCGCUUAAUGCUGCCGUAUUCAACACCUUUCGCCGCACAAAGGCCCAGAUUCUGUUCUGGGCUAUUCCUGGCGUGUUAGGCUACUCAGCAAUGCAAUGGGCUAUCGAAAGGAACGAGUACCUAAAUUCGAAAGCCGGGAUUGCCGAAUUCGGCGGCGAUAAUGAAUAAGAGGCCUUUUUAAUCUGAUAUGUACAAAGAGAAGAAUACACUACUAAGUGGAAUGUAAACUAUGGCGGAUACUCGAUACACCAAAAUGAAGUCUCUCAUAUCAAAUGUCACGUACCAAGAACGAACUUCCGCAGCCAAUCAGGGCGAGUAUAUUACUUAUGCUCUCCACGAUCCUACCUCAUUAUGAAACCUAGCACAUGACGACAAAUCUCAUCAGAGAAUGUGCGUCACAUCAAGGAGCGAUUGGCACGAGAUGCAUCGGCAGACCUGAAGAAGCUUUAAAUUUGCAUUGAACAACAUAGACCACCUUAAAUCUAGGCCGCCGGCUAGAACAUAUUGCUCUUGUCAGUUAAGGAUGAUCGAAACGAGUCACUACUGCAGGACCAAACGAGUACCUGGUGCACAUUAGGCAGCAAGGAUGAAUGGUCUACGACAACGAAAA